CGAGGUAAUAGGAAGUUUUAAAUAAUUGAAAGUAAAAACUAAAAGGGGAGGGCGAGCAGGAGAAGAAGCGAUUCAAGUCCAAGCAGGACUCGUCUCUUACGUCUCCUCUUCUUCAAUUAAACCAUAACUUAAGAAACCUCCGGACUCUCUUUCUCUUCUUUAUCAUAACACCCGGAAGAGAAAGAAUCCAGAAUCUGAAACCCAUUCGAAACUUUUAGAUUAAUCAGACAAUCUGAUAUUAUAACUUCACAAAAUUUAUCUUUUUUAUAUAUAAAUAAAUCUUUGCUUUUCGUGUGGGGUUUUAUUAUAUUAGAGUUUAUAGUGAUAAUUUGAGCUGCGCAUUGACGCACACAGUCGCACAGCGAUUCUUUUCUUUGGCAGUUUGGUUUAGUUACGUUGGGGUUGAUUGCUGUAUGAGCAGAGGUUGAGGCACUUAGCUAGAGUUUGUGCUUAGGAUUUCUGUCAUAAGCAUUGGGUUUUCCUUGACUACUUUUAUAUUUUACGAAGUCACAAGAAAAUUUAUCACUCCUCAAAGGGAAGUAAUCAAGGCUUGUCAGUUCAGAUUCUUUCCAUUUUGAGUUGCAGAGGUUGCACAUUAAGUGAUAAUAUGAUAUCUGGGGUAUUUCAAUACAACACUAUUGGAUUGCUCUCCACUUUUUCAAAAAGGAAAGUGGGAGAGAAGGUUGAUGAGAAGGAACAGAAGAGAGGAGAGGGAGAAAAAAGCAGUUGGGGAAAAUGAGAUAAUUAGGGCAAAAUGAGAAACAAAAAAACACGGGUCCUUCACGGGGUGGAAUGAACUGAAGAACUAUGGGGCUUGAUAUUGCAUUUAUAGAAUUGUGGAGAAUCUCUUUUGGAUAUUAUUCUGCUCCCUCAUUUUUGAAGCUUAACUAGUGUCCUUUCACACAUUUCCACACACAUGGAUAUAUGUGAUGAUACUUAGGAAAAUGAUGAGGCAAAAAAGUGACAAAAAGGAAACGAGGCCUCCAUGGAACUACGUUUGAUGUAAAGCGACAUGCCUUAAUUUCCGCCAGUAUGCGGAAUGGACUUGCUUAGGAUCAACUUAUACAAAUGAUGUUUAGUGGUUCAAAAGCUGCUCAUGGCCUUAACAUAUUCAAAUGGAAGUGGCGUGGUGAAUCAUCAUUAAGUACAGGACUACUUGAUCACGUGCCUCCAGAGAUUGAGUUGUCUGACUAUCACAGAGCACCAAGUCCAAGUAGUGAAAGCCCAUCGGGCCUUCUUAAUGAUGAGAGCUUUAAGGUUGAACAUAUUUCCGAUCUAGACCUCUUCUUUGAGAGGCUAUACUGCUACUACUGUGAAAAAGGUCUAUGGUGCAUCAUCAUCAAAUGGGUUUUUGAGCUUUUUGGCCUGGCAUUCACCAUUUGCUUCUCUGGAUUUUUCUUACUAUUUGUUGAUUGGAGUGGGCUUCGAAGCGCCAAGUGUGGGAUGGAUGCUGUAGAAUCUGGGAUAAAGCCUUGUGAUUUGUCUAAGGAAGCUCUUCAUCAUCAUCCAUUGUCUCCCUUCACAAUUUCUAAAGCCAUUGUUGUUGGUUACCUUGGCAUAUUUUCAAUAUACUGGAUCUUUUGCUUUUUAAGAUUCUUUGCUCAGCUCAAGGACACCUUGAUAAUUCGUGACUUUUACUAUAACAGUCUCCACGUCACCGAUGAUGAGAUACAAACCAUGCCCUGGCCAUCGAUUCUUGAUAAAAUUGUUGAAUCACAGAAUUCACAACAACUAUGUGUGAGCAGAGAUCUUUCGAUCCAGGAUGUUGUAAUGCGAUUGAUGAGGAAAGAAAAUUAUUUGAUUGGAAUGGUCAAUAAAGGAGUUCUUGCCUUUCCUAUUUCUCCAUGGGUACCUGGUGUCGGUCCUGUCAAAUUUUGCGUAGAUGGUGUUCAACAUCGUCUUAUACUAACAAAGACCCUUGAGUGGACACUGAAUUGGUGCAUAUUGCAGACCAUGUUUGAUAAAAACUAUUGUGUACGGAAGGAUUUUGUCUCUGAUCCUAAAACAUUAAAGAAAAGGCUUAUGAUUGUGGGGAUUGCAAUGUUUUUGGUUUCUCCAUUUCUUGUGAUAUUCAUGCUGGUUUAUCUCUUCCUGAGGCAUGCUGAACAGUUUUACAAUCAUCCUAGCACGGCAUCAUCUCGUAGGUGGUCCACACUGGCCAAGUGGAUAUUUCGGGAAUACAAUGAGGUUGACCAUCUAUUUAAGCACAGAAUGAACACCAGUAUAGUACAUGCAUCUGAUUAUCUGAAGCAAUUCCCCUCUCCUAUUAUAUCGCUGAUCGCAAAGUUCAUCUCAUUUGUUUCUGGUGGAUUUGCUGCUGUUCUUAUCAUCAUUGCUUUCUUGGAUGAAUCUCUGCUGGAAGGCCAUAUUUUCGGACGAAACUUGUUAUGGUAUGGCGCUGUUUUUGGAGCAAUUACAGCCAUAAGCCGUGCUGCAGUGACAGAUGAACUUCUUGUGCAUAAUCCGCAUGAGGCAAUGUCUCUAGCAGUCCAACACACACAUUAUAUGCCUAAGAGAUGGCGGGGAAAAGAAAAUACUGAUGGGGUCCGCUCCGAGUUUGAAACUUUAUUUCAGUACACUGGCAUGAUGUUGCUGGAAGAGAUGGUUUCAAUCUUUCUUACGCCCUACCUACUUUUAUUUGUUGUUCCAAAGAGAGUGGAUGAUGUUCUCCAGUUCAUUACAGAUUUCACUGUAGAUGUUGAAGGUGUUGGGAAUGUAUGCAGCUUUAGUGUCUUCGACUUUAGAAACCAUGGUAAUAGCAAAUAUGGUUCCCCAUUUAAUACUCCACGAACCAGGAGGAGUUCCCAGGGUAAAAUGGAAAAAUCAUUUUUGAGCUUUCACAAUAGCUACCCUUCAUUGGAACCUAAUGCUGAUGGGAAGCAAUUCCUUUUGACAUUGAGAGCCUUCAGAGAACAGGGAUUGUAUGGGCAUGAAAUGAUGAGACGAGGUCCAUAUCCACCUAUUAACUUUCACCCACCAUGGAAUCUCAUCAUGAGAGGCUCAAGUGGCGACAGGAAUGGCUACUUUCCCCCCACCAAUAACUUGAGGGAUGGAGGAUUUCCUUAUAUUCUUGACCAUUAUUACACAUUACACACGGCCAAUUCUCUGAGUGAUGCCCAACCUGAUCACUUUGAGGUGGGACCUGAAGAUGUUUGGGCCGGGCCCGUUUAUGCGCAAAACGAAUUUGAUGAUAGGACGCGGAGUUACCUAUACACUUCAACAUCGGCUCCUCUCAUUCGGGAAAGUGUGCUUCAUCAUCAGCAUCAUCAAGAUUAUGAUGAUGCGGAACCAUCUGUUGUGAGACAGGACUGGUGGGCCAGGAGUAGACCACAAGUGCUGGGGCCACAGACAAGCUUUCUUGAACCUCCUACUUCUGAACGUGGUGGUGGCGGCCCUCAAACAAGCUUUCUGGAGCCACCUCCCACUUUCAACCAUCCCAACCCUCACAAUUAUUAUGUAAACUUCUCGGACAGAAGUGCAGAGGAUGAGCAGGAAAAUCUGGAUUUGAGGAGCGGAUCAAAUAGAGUGAUGACGGGAACGUUCUUCAUGGAAGAAUCUGUUGGAGAAUUCAAUCUCCCCUUUGAUGAUAUUUAUAGAAGGCGUUCGGCAAGCCCGAGUCAGAGCAUGGAUCCAGCAGGUUUUGUGUGAUGCCCUCCUCUUAUUGUUUUGUCUAACAGAAAGUGUGCGAUAUGUUAGUUCUUUAUUGUACAUAAAC